AUGGACUCUGGCGAUGCUGGGCAUGAACGCUCUUCUGGUCAAAAAAGUCAUCAGACAUGCAACAUCCCCGUCGAAUGCUUGAGUAGAUUUCGUCACAAAGCCAAUGAUGAUUUGGAACUUCGCAUUGAUGGUGAUGUUAUUUGUCCGACGCUUGUGUUGUCGGUCCAUUCGGAGACAUCGACGACCGUCCGACUACGAAGUGUCGUCGCACGUACAGCAUCCUCGUCGGAUGUUUGUGUGGUUUGUGUCGGAAGUGUGACGACUCCAGAACAUUUCACCGACGAGAAUGUUAUAUGUCUGCCGAUUUCAUUGGAAGAAUUGCAGAUUGCACAUAGGAAUGCAAUGGAUCUACUUCCGUUUAAGAUAUCUGUGGGUUCUGGAUAUUUGUUGAUAUGGGUAAUAAUUCUGCAUUCUCAUUUCCCAUUUUCAACAGGGUGUUUACAACAUGAAAGAAGUUACUUGUUGGAUUUCAAGGCUGGUUUAAAUCUUUCCUCAGGUCGGCUAUCCUCUUGGCGGGGAUUGAACUGUUGCGAGUGGGAGGGUGUUGCCUGUGAUUACCAUACAUCCCAUGUCGUCCGCCUUGAUUUAAGUAAUGACCCUUGGGGAAGUGAUUGGUACAAACAGCAGUUGAGUGGGGAGCUUCGUCCAUCGCUGUUUAAUCUGCAACAUCUACAGCACUUGGAUCUGAGUGGGAAUAGCUUUAGUGGUCUUUCUAUCCCUCCACAGCUGUCACAAUUGGAGAGACUGACAUUUCUUAGGUUGUCAGAUGCUGGGUUUUUGGGUCAAGUUCCUCUGGAGUUGGGAAAUAUGUCAAGCUUGCGUCAUUUGGAUAUUUCAAAUAAUUACGAUUAUCAUAAGAUUUCAGAUAGUAUGUGGCAAGUUCAGGAGUUGAAGAGUGGUAAUAUUCCAGAUCUCUCAAACCUUACCCAUUUAUCACAUCUGCAUAUAGGUGAGAAUUCAUUCCCGGUUCAACUACCCUCUUGGUUUGAGAAUGUGUCUUCAUUGGUUUCGCUUGAUCUCAGAGAUUGUGACUUACAAGGUUCCAUCCCUUCCAAUUUCAUGGCCCGUUCAAGACUGAGCAUUCUUGUGCUUGACUAUAAUUAUGACUUAACAGGAAACCUUUCUUUCAUGCUAAGCCAUUCUUCCUCACUGGUCAUGCUAUAUCUUAGUGAAUGCAAUUUAACGGGAGUGUUCCCCACUUCUAUUGCAAAUUUCUCAAAACUUAUGACUAUGGAUCUGGCGUCCAACAAUUUCGAGGGCAGUAUACCAUCCUCUUUUUGCAGCUUAACCUCCCUUAGACAUCUGCACCUUAAUCACAACCAGUUAAGUGGUCAGAUUCCUCCGUCUCUUUGUGAGCUUCCAGAAUUAAGUAACCUUGUACUAGGCCACAACCAGUUCUCAGGAACAAUUCCAGAUUGCCUUUCAAAGUUGUCCAGUUUAGAGAUGUUGUCACUUCAUUCCAGCGGAUUAAGAGGGAACAUUUCACUUCAACUAUUUGAAAAUCUAACGCGCCUUUCACAAUUGGACCUUUCGGAAAAUCAGUUUUUCAUUGACAUUUCUACAAGCUGGGUUCCUCAGUUUGCCCACCUGGAGAUUCUUGAAUUGCGGUCUUGCAGUAUAGAAGGCAACUUCCCUGCAUUUUUGUCCCAGCAGUAUCAAUUGUCCUUGCUAGAUCUUUCAGAUAACAACAUUGUGGGAAAUCUUCCUUCGUGGCUGUGGGAUCUUCCGUACCUUGACAUGCUCAAUCUCUCAAACAACAAUCUAGAAGGUUCUCUACCUUUCAAGAUAUCUCUUACUUUUCAUACAAUCGACUUGCAUGGGAAUAGAUUAUAUGGCUCUCUUCCUGCUCUUGAUUUUGUUUCAUAUGGAUUAGAUCUGUCAAAUAAUGGGUUUAAUGGCUCUAUUCCUACAACAAUUGGGAUAAUUUACACUCUAUCAUUGUCAGGGAAUAAUUUGACUGGAGAAAUUCCAAGUUCUAUAUGUAACAAUUCAGAUUAUUACUAUUAUAGAGUUUUGGACCUGUCAAAGAACAAGUUGACAGGUAUGAUUCCUUCAAAUAUUGGGCGGUGUUCUGAAAUGAAAAUUUUAAAAUUGGCUCAAAAUGUUUUGCAAGGGGAGAUUCCGAAGGAGUUAGGAAAUCUGCAGAGUCUUCGCACAUUAAAUCUCAAUGGUAACAGGUUGCAAGGUAUUAUUCCACCAUCUAUUGCGAAUUGCACAGAUCUCCAAAUAUUUGAUCUAGGAAAUAACAAUUUUGAAGGUAGCAUUCCUGUUUGGAUUGAAAAGUUGACAGAUUUGAGAAUUCUUAGCUUGGCUUCUAAUAAAUUUGAUGGUAGAAUUCCGCCCCAGCUGUUCAGGUUGCAAUAUCUUCAAAUUCUAGAUUUACCUGAUAAUCAAUUAUCAGGAAAUAUUCCUUCAGAUGUGAGCAAGUUAUCUGCUUUGGUCAAUAAUUCACAAAGUUUCUAUUUACAAUAUUCUUCAUAUGAGUACAGUGGUUCAUCUUUGGACACAGAUUAUGGAAUUAAUUUUGCUGAUGAAGUAACAGUUUGGAUAAAAGGAAGGAUAACUCCAUAUUCUAAAAUAAUUGGACAAGACAAGUUCAUGGAUUUGUCACAUAAUAACUUGUCAGGUAAUAUUCCUUUAGAAUUGGGACUUUUGAGAGGAUUAAUUUCUCUCAACAUAUCAAAAAAUAAUCUAAGUGGAGUAAUUCCAGAAUCCUUGGGAGCCUUGACUGACUUGGAGUCUUUGGAUCUUUCAGAAAAUAAUUUUUCAAGAGAGAUUCCUAUUCAACUUUUAAAUCUCACAUUCCUUGCCGUGUUGAAUCUUUCUAACAACAUGUUGUCAGGGUUAAUACCACAAGGAAAGCAGUUUUCAACCUUCGGGGUUUCUUCUUUUCUAGGAAAUCCUAAUCUUCAUGGACCUCCCCUUGAAAACAAGACUCAGAGUCUUGGUUUUGGUAGACAAUAUGAUUACAAAGAAUUGAAUAAUACAACCACUGAAAGUGCAGAUACAAAUGUAAUGGAUCGAUGGUGGGCAGUGGGAGUGGGGUUAAGUUACGGAUUGGGGUUUGCUACUGUGAUUACAGUGUUGUGCUUCCACAUGAAAUGGAGAUACAUAUGCUUUUUCUACAUGGAUAAUUUUAUCUAUGAUCUUUUUGAAUAG